AUGGACUGCAGCACAACUCCAGCAGAUAUUGUACGCCGCUUCCGUAUGCUGCAGUUAGCAAACAAUAGGGCGAGGAAGCAAAGGCUGCAGCUGACAGAGAAACGCUUUGCUGCUGCUGCUGCUGCUGCUGCUGCUGGGGCCCAUCCACAGGACUCAGCAGCAGCAACAACAGCAGCAGACGCUUUCCCCAAGCAGCAAAAACCCCUCUUCUUCAGCACACUCAAAAAACAAAAAGCGAAAGCUGCUGCUUCUGCUGGACAUAAGCCGCGUGCAACAACAGCAACUGAAGCAGCAGCAGCAGCAGCAGCAGCACCUGCUGCGCAGCAGCAGCAGCAGCGGCAGCUACCAGCAGACAGGUCGCAUGCACUCUACUUUCCACCGAUUGUUGUGCAGGCGACAGCACCUGCUGCCUCUAGAGAGACAGAAAACGCCGCUCAGCAGCAGCAGCAGCAGCAACAGCAGCAGCAGCAGCAGCAACACCACCACCAGCGCGGCGGCAGCCCCAGCAGCAGCAGCAAAACGCCACAGGCAGAAGCAGCAGAAAUCGAGCUGCUGCUGCAGCAACUCCCUUGGGUGCAGCCACAGCAGCAGCACACUGCUGCAGCAGGAGACUUCCUAGGUGGAGCAGCAGCAGCAGCACAAGGGAGACACAGCAACACAAGCCUCAACGAAGAGCUGUCUCAAUCAGCAGCAGCAGCAGCAGGAGAAAGCGCAGAUACAGAUGGAGAAGCAGCAGGAGCAGCAACAGAAGGUGGUGCUGCAGCAGACUCUGGAGCGAACGAAGCAGCAGCAGCAGCAGCAGCAGCUUUCAAUCAAACUGAUCCUAGAGAGCGCCUACCUCUGUCGCUGCUGCUGCUGCUGCAGCAGCAUCACAAGCAAGCAACAAUUGCAGGAAUAGAGAGAGACAAACAACUGCUAGAGAGACAGCGCCCCGUGUGGCUGCAGCGGCAGCUAGCAGCACUAAAGGAGUCAGGUAUCAGCAGUUUUGCUGCAGCAGAAGCAGCAGAAGCGGAAGCAGCGGAGAAAGCACUUGCUGCUGCUGCUGCUGCGCAGCAGCAGCAGCAGCAGCCCCGCAUCAGCAGCUCUGCAACAGAAGCAAAGACAGCAGCAGAAACCAACUCUACUGAGAACAGGCGCAUCAAGCAGCAGCAGCAGCAGCAGCAACUGCAGCAGCAGCACCGGCUCCUUAAGAAAAACACAGCAGAGGGACGUAGAAAGCAGCAGCAGCAGCAGCAGCAGCAGCCAAUACGCUCGAAGGCAGACUCGUGGUUUGUGUGUACACAGCAGCAAAAGCAGCAGCAGCAGCAGCACCAACGGCCCCCUCCCUUGCGAAGAGGACCUGCUGCUGCUGCUGCUUCUGCAACUACAGAUGCUCGACGAAACUCGGUAGAGAGAUUGCUGCUGCUGUUUAAGCGCGAGCUGCCUCUGCUGCUGCGCUGA